UAUACAAGAUGCUAAUUUUGGUAUCAAAGAAGACGGUACUAUAAUGGUUGGGUACAUAUCUGAUGAUGAAGUAUUUAAUGAGAUCAAUCCAUUCCGAUUCCUAUUGACAGGUGUUAUAUGGUUAGUGAGGAAUGGAACUAAUAAUGUUAAUAAGAGUAUGUACGUUGAGUGCUCUCGUAACUCCAGAGGUAUUAGCAUGAAUAACUUUGUACGGAUCACUUCAGCUCGUGCUGCCAUUGGGCAUGAUGAUAAAGAGAGAGUAGUACUGGCUCGUGUUGAAGGGAAGUCACUAGUGAGAGGCUUAAAGCUCUAACUAAAUUACAGGAGAAGGAUAGGGAGCUAAGUCAGUCUCAAGAGGCAGUUCAUUGGUACCAGCAACAAGCACUUACUGAUGAUCACUGGGUUAUUAAUAAGAUGAGGUGACUAUGAACAAUAUAUAUGAGGAUU